AUGGAUAGCAUCACACCUAACGUGAACAUCAGCCGUAUGCAAGAUGGCGAAUUAUUGCUGAAGACUGUUGACAGAAAACAAGCUGAAAAACUCGUUAAACAGUCAUCGCUUGGAGGAAUUCCGAUCAGUAUUGUAGAACAUGGCUCACUUAACAACUCCAUAGGUACGAUAUUCUGUUACGACCUCAAAAUGCACAAGGAUGAGGAGAUACUUUCGGAACUGUCAAGCCAAGGUGUAACACAGGUUAAACGUAUGCAACGCAAAAACAGUAAAGGAAAGCUUGAGGAUACUGGUUCAUUUAUCCUUACAUUCAACCUUAGUAACCUUCCAAGCUCAAUCGACGUAGGAUUUUACUCCUGUAAAGUACGCCAAUAUAUCCCCAACCCUCUCCGCUGUAUGAACUGUUUAAGGUUUGGUCAUAAGAAAACACAAUGCAAGGGCAAUCAAAUCUGUGGCAGCUGCGCACAUUUGUUCCAUGGAGAUUCGGAAUGUGAAAAGAAAUUUUGCUGCAUCAACUGUCAAGGAGAUCAUCACGCGCUUUCUAAGGAAUGUCCCAUCUACAUUGACGAAUAUGAGAUCCAAAAGAUCAAGGUCUCAGAAAAAAUAUCGAUGAGAGAGGCUAGAAUGAAAAGAAGACUACAAACACCAUAUCCUGCACCGCCGAGACAACGACGCUCUUACGCCGAAGUCACGAUGAAUCAAGUUCAACGUAAGCAACUAGAACGUCCCGAAGAAAAAAGUGCCCCGUCUAAUUAUGCGAGAAGUGGAAUAACACCGUCCAGUGAUCAGGUUGAUCGACCUGAACCAGAAGAGAGAACAGAGAUGCAAAUCGGAACCAGCAAAGAAUACACCAAUACUAUCGCUUCCGUUGCGGUAGUAUCUCCAGCCAACGAGUGUUCGAUGGCUUCCCCCCCGACAUCUGCAGAACAGAUUACUAAGAUAAGUAGUACUAAUACAACAAACCAAAAUGAACCGAAUACUAUUGAGAACUUAGAUAGUUAUACUAACAACACCGAUAAUAACUCAGAACUCACUAAUCUCAGUUUUUUCACGCAAGCGAUAGCAAGCGAGCAAUACAAAAACCAAAUAAAAAUCCUUUGA